AGUACGAUUUUUUCGCCAGCUGUUACAUCCUCUUUUCCCAGGAAGUCAGAAUGGUCAGGAUUCAGGAACCUAUUUAAUACUAAAAAGCCAAACCACCGCAUCCUGUUCACUACUCGGUCAGAGACGCUGCGCUAUCAAAUCAGAUUGCGCGAAGGGGCGGAGAGAGGAUUUGUGCGCAUGAGCAUAAUAUUAUUGCCUUCAUUGAUAAAAACCCUUUGUGAUAAUAUUUCCUCAUCUAAUCCCCUCACAGUCGCUUUCGGCGCGUUUCAUCAAUCCAUACGGGUGUUACAGUCAUCUGGAAAUUGGCAAUGGCAUCACGUGCACGCCCAAGAGCUGCAGGGACUGAUGGCAGUGAUUUUAAACACAGAGAGAAAGAGGCUUCUCACUAUCAGAUGAGUGCUUCAUCAAAAUCAGAAAUAAAGAAGCUCACUGUAGUUCAUUUCUUCAUAUGGAUACUGGUGGCAGCGCAGGUGGUUGUUAGUCAUCUCAAUCUGGUGUCACAUGAUCUGGUGGCCAUGCCCUAUCAGUGGGAGUAUCCGUACCUUUUGAGUCUCCUGCCCUCAUUUAUUGGAGCCCUGGCCAUGCCGAAGAGCAACAUCAGCUAUCUGGUGAUCUCCAUGAUCAGUGCUGGUUUGUUCUCAGUGGCACCCUUGAUUUUUGGUGCAAUGGAAAUGUUUCCACUGGCUCAGCAGCUAUACCGACAUGGAAAAGCUUACCGGUUUAUCUUUGGCUUCUCAGCUGUAUCUGUGAUGUAUCUACUCAUGGUGAUUGCUAUUCAGGUGCACGCAUGGCAAAUCUACUACAGCAAGAAGCUUCUAGAUGCCUGGUUCAACUCAACACAAGAGAAGAAGAAGAAAUAAAGAUGCUAUUAUAUAAUUUAAUUUAUCCACCCUCUUUUUCUGUCUCGGUUGUUACUGUACAAUGCACGCAAUGUUUAAAUAUACAUUUGUAAGCAACAAAGCUUACUUAAAAGGUGGAUUUUAAAAUUUUUCAUAUAUAUUUAAAUUAAGUUUGCCUUUUGUUUUAGCAUCUUAUUUAAUACCUGAAAUUCUGUUUAAUUACAAAUUGUUUAGUCAAGUAUACAGAGCCAUUCACAUCAUUUGUAAUACUUUCUAAAUAAAAUGUUUCUUUAAAUAUAUAA